AUGACUUCUAACUAUCCAGAACCGCUCGUUAUCCAACCACGAGAUUCCCACCAAUGUACUAUAAUCCUCCUUCAUGGUCGGGGAUCCAAUGCUGCUAAAUUUGGCCCUAUUCUCCUAUCCUCUUCGAUCUCCCACCUCGACCAGACCAGCACAGGUGCCGAACACACCCUUGUAUCCGCCUUCCCUCAUGCCAAAUUUGUCUUUCCAACCGCAUCUAGGCGUCGUGCCACUGCCUACAACCGGAGUAUUAUCAAUCAGUGGUUUGAUAACUGGCCACUGAGCACAGAUACCCCUCCAGCAACCACUCCACAGGAGAAGCAACGUCGUGAAUAUCUCCCGGCAGAUGGUUUAAGAGAGACGAGCCUAUAUCUUCACAAGUUAUUGAGAGAGGAGAUUUCCUUGCUUGGAGGUGAUGCAAAACGCGUUAUUCUUGGGGGCCUCAGUCAAGGCUGUGCUGCUUCUCUCGUGGCAUUGCUUCUAUGGGAUGGGGACCCAUUAGGUGCUGCGAUUGGGAUGUGUGGCUGGUUGCCAUUCCGGCACCAGAUGGAGGAUUUUGCACAUGGAGUGCAUGCAUCAGAGCCUGAUGAAGAUAAUCCCUUUAUCGAGCAAGCGGAAGAUGAAGAUGACAUACCACCCCCUGUACAAGCCAUGAUCUCAUUGGCGGAGGUGCUUGAGAGGAGCUUGCCAGAGAAGCCGCCUCGUAAGCUGCCGUUUCAACAUAUUCCUUUAUUCCUUGCUCACGGAACUGAGGAUGAAAAAGUACCCGUUGGCUAUGGGAGGGAGGCAAGGAGAUGUCUCAGCGAGAUGGGAGUGGACGUUACUUGGGAGGAAUACGCUGGCCUGGGGCAUUGGUACUCAGGAGAUAUGCUUGGAGAUUUAGUUGCCUUCCUGAAAAAGUAUGAGCCAGACUUUGAAUGA